AUGGCAUCUGAGCCACGGCGUAGCACAUACGCCGCCGCCGUUACCGGCGAGAUGAGUCAGGAAGGGCGAUCAGCAUCGCCGGUCACUCGUUCGCCUGUUCGUGCCUCCAAUACAGUUCUGCAGAGGAAUGCAAGCCACCAGCAAAGAGGAUACUCCAUGGAAGAUCUGGAGAAUCCUUUGUUUUUUAGCAUGAACGAUGGUCCUAAUAUAGUUCUCGUCAGUCCUCCGCUGCUAGGCAGCGCUAAUUACGCCUCCUGGUCAAUUUCAAUGCGUAUAGCUUUAGAAGUAAAAAACAAGUGGUCAAUCGUGGAUGGGAGCACCGCGGCACCAAGCAGAGACAAUCUUCAGUUCGCGGCAUGGAGGCGCUGCAACCUCAUGGUUUGCUCAUGGAUUUUUAAGUCCGUUCAUGCCUUCAUCGCUCAAAGUGUAAUGCACCUAGAUAAAGCCAGAGAUUUUUGGGAAGAUCUACGGCGAAGGUUUUCUCAAUGUGAUGCGCAGAAGAUCUCGGCUCUACAGAACGAGAUCUUCAAUCUCAAGCAGGGCGCUCUCUCUGUUAACGAGUAUUAUACAAAAUGCCGCACGCUAUGGGAGGAAAUGAACGCCUUAAGGCCUAUUCCGGUUUCUAAGUGCAGCUGUGAUCUCGUUGAUGAAAUUAGGAAGGAACGAGACACUGAUCAAAUCAUACGGUUCCUUCAAGGUCUUAAUGACGAUUUCAACAGUUUCAAAUCAAAUGUUCUGAUUCUCGAUCCUCUUCCUGAAGUCUACAAAGUUUUUGUCAUGGCCGAGAAGCUAGAGAGGCAGUCUGCCUUGGCCAAUAUGACAUUAGGAAGCUUUGAAACUAGUCAAGCCAAUGUUGUGCACAAUGAACAAGAGAUGAUCGCAGCGAUGAAUUCCUAUUCUGGCAAACGAAGUGGUAACCUAAACAAAGGUGCUAAAUGCACUUAUUGCGGGAUGAAUGGUCAUACAGUUGAUAAGUGUUUCAAAAAACACGGCUAUCCCCCGGGAUGGAUUCUGGAACUUCAGAGACUCCUCUUCCAGCAAACACUUUUGAUCAAUUAG